GCCCUCUCGCGCCGCAGUCUAGGUCGGGAUUGGGUGCCCACGGCCUCAGUAUCUCUCGGAUUCCCCGGCGGAGCAGAAGGAAGCGAAAGCCUUAGAGAAACCAGCCGAACGUCCCUCAGAGCCUGUCGGGGAGCCAGACUGGGCCAGACGCCCCGAGAUGAGGUGGGGCUGGGGACCUGAGUCCCUCGCGCUCCUGCUCCUACUGCUAGCGCAGCUGACUCUGCCAGGCGAUGGCAACGAGGGCAGCAGAGCUGGAAGUUGUCGCUGUGAUAGAACAUUUUCUUCUGGUUACCCUCCAGUGGUUCAAGCCAUGGAAUAUUUCCGAAAAAAACUGGAAAACUAUGAUCGCUGUCCUCUCUUUGUCAGGUUCCACCUACCUUACCGGACUGUAUGUGGGGGAAGCAAAGACCUGUGGGUGAUUGAAUUGAUCAGCUGUUUUGAUCAAAGAGAAUGUGGACUUGCUUAUUAUCAGAGAGUUUUCCACCAGGAGCAUUUACCUUCUCCCAGCACCCAAGUUCCUAAGACCUCAGAAAGGGCACCUGCAGUCACGGAUAUCCCUGCUCAGACGUACCUGCCACUCACCUUGCAGUCUACCCAGCAGCCCACCCUCCCAGUAGAAGUGCUGGCCUUGGACAAAAACCUCACCCACACCAAUGAAACCACUACUUCCUCUGUUGGCCACAGUCUGGAGGUUGAGGAGAACCAGAAGCAGAUGGAUGAAAAUGUGGGUCCUACAGCUAAAACAUCUGUCAUGGUGCCAGUGCUGUCCCUCUUAGGCAUUGUCUUCAUCCUCACUGUAGUCAUCCUCUAUCUGCUGUGUAAUAAAAGAAAGCAGUCACUGCACGACUGUCCAGAUUUGCAGAUUCAAUAUACACGUGUGGCAACAGACUCCAGCACUUGGGCUAAGAAUGGAAACCUGUGACAGUAGAAAUUAUGGUUUAUUCAGUAUCACAUAGAUUUAUUAGACAGGAACAACUCUCUGGCACAUGGUGGGCGCUCUGUACAUAUUUUUUAAUGUUUAACCAGCUACUGCUCUCUCUUAGAUCUUUCUCUUGCCUUUUUAAAAA